AUGGAUCUGGAACCGUAUCUGUGGAUGGUCAUCCUCGGCUUCAUCAUCGCCUUCAUCCUGGCAUUUUCAGUGGGAGCUAAUGAUGUGGCCAACUCGUUCGGCACGGCGGUGGGUUCUGGCGUGGUCACGCUGCGGCAGGCCUGCAUCCUGGCGUCCAUCUUUGAGACCCUGGGCUCAAUGCUGCUGGGGGCCAAGGUGGGCGAGACCAUACGAAAGGGCAUCAUAGACGUUAGCUUGUACAACGACACGGUGCCCGUGCUCAUGGCAGGGGAGGUCAGCGCCAUGGUCGGGUCAGCGGUCUGGCAGCUCGCCGCCUCCUUCCUCAAGCUGCCCAUCUCUGGGACCCACUGCAUCGUGGGCUCCACCAUCGGCUUCUCCAUGGUGGCCAUCGGCACCAAGGGUGUGCAGUGGAUGCAGCUUGUUAAGAUUGUGUCAUCUUGGUUCAUCUCUCCUCUGCUGUCUGGACUCAUGUCUGGACUCCUCUUCCUCCUAAUCAGACACCUCAUUCUCAACAAGGACGACUCAGUCCCCAAUGGCCUGCGGGCGCUGCCCAUCUUCUACGCCACCACCAUUGGGAUCAACACCUUCUCUAUCAUGUACACUGGAGCGCCACUGCUGGGCCUAGAGAUGCUACCGAUGUGGUCCAUCGUACUCAUUGCAAUGGGUGGAUCGCUGGUCUGUGCUGCUGUGGUCUGGAUAUUUGUCUGUCCCUGGAUGAGGAGAAAAAUAGCCAGCCGCCUGAAGAAGGAGCAGGCGCUGUCCAGGAUUUCAGACGAGAGCCUGGACAAGAUCCCCGAGGAGGAGGAGGAAAGCCCCGUUUUCAAGGAGCUGCCAGGGGCGAAGGGCACCGACGAAGCCGUCCUGCCGCUCACCGGUGGCAGCAGUGAGCGAGGCGCCCGUGAAUCCAGCGGUGAGCUCAACAGCCUGGCGAACGGAGGCACUGUCCUGCCCAACGGAAGGGUGUAUGGCCGGACCCACUCCAUGACCAACGGCUGUCUCAAAUCCCCCAUCUCCAAUGGCAGCUUCAGCUUCGACGGCCACAUGCGCAGUGACGGUCAGGUGUACCACACGGUGCACAAGGACUCGGGCCUCUACAAGGACCUGCUCCACAAAAUCCACCUGGGCCGGUUGGACGAUGGCGAGCGCUUGGGCUCCAACUCUGCUGGGGCGCCAGACAAUAACUACCGGCUGCUACGCCGCAACAACAGCUACACCUGCUACACGGCCGCCAUCUGCGGCAUGCCCGUCCAGCCGCCGGUGCGCUCUGAGUCACGCGAGGACAGUGAGAAGCUGGUGGGUGAGGGCGGCUGCGGGAGGAGCAACAGCGUGUCAUACUCCAAGAAGCGGGUGCGGUAUGACAGCUACUCGUCAUACUGUAAUGCUGUGGCAGAGGCGGAGAUCGAGGCAGAGGAGGGCGGCAUUGAGAUGAAGCUGGCCACGGACCUGGAGGCAGGCGAGGACGGAGGGGCGCCCGCACCCAUACCGCUGGAUGACCUCGUCGAGGAGGACCGCGAGGAGAAGGACAAGCCUGAGGUGUUCCUGCUCUUCCAUUUCCUGCAGAUCCUCACCGCUUGCUUUGGCUCCUUUGCCCACGGAGGCAACGACGUCAGUAAUGCCAUCGGGCCCUUGGUGGCACUGUGGAUGAUCUAUGACCAGGGUGGUGUGAUGCAGGACGCUGCCACGCCCAUCUGGCUGCUCUUCUAUGGAGGCGUGGGCAUCUGCUUUGGCCUGUGGGUGUGGGGCCGCCGCGUCAUCCAGACCAUGGGGAAGGACCUGACUCCCAUCACCCCCUCCAGUGGAUUCACUAUUGAACUGGCUUCUGCACUCACUGUUGUGUUGGCUUCCAAUAUCGGAAUCCCUGUCAGUACCACACACUGCAAGGUUGGCUCGGUGGUGGCGGUGGGUUGGAUCCGCUCCCAGAAGGCUGUGGACUGGCGCCUUUUCCGGAACAUCUUCCUGGCCUGGUUUGUCACAGUGCCCGUGGCAGGCCUGAUCAGCGCCGCCAUCAUGGCCCUCUUCGUCUACUGCAUCCUGCCCUACGUGUGAGGGUGCCAGGCAGGGAGGGCAAGAAAGACAGAGAGCGAGAGAGAAAAGAGAGGAAAAGCUGUCACUCUAGAGUGUCCAGGGGGGUGCAGAUAAAGGAAAAGGAGGCAUUUACGAGAGAGGGAUAAGGUGGAAAAAAGGAGGACCGUGUUGAAGGAAAGGUGAA